CAGGGGAGAUCCGGGUGUCGGGAGCGAGCAUGACGUGUUCAGUCCACUGAAAACAGUGAGACAGUGACCCCGGCUGGCUGAGUGCUGCUCAGGAAUGCAACUUGAGUACAUGCGCACUCUGGCAUAGUCCCAGUUUGCAUGUACCUUGCGUUUCGCACUGCAGAAGUCACAUACAGCACCCCAUCUGAAAGUAUUCAACCUGGUCAAUGUAAUUGAACGUUAAAAUGGCAGAAGGUAAUUACGAUUUUUGCGAGUGCAUCUGCUCCCAUGAAAAUGCAAUGCGAAGAUUGAUCAACCUGCUGAGACAGUCUCAGUCCUACUGUACAGACACUGAAUGCUUACAGGAAUUACCGGGACCAAACCCCUCUGGAGAUGCUGGUUUUAGUAUCACGAUGAUUCUGAUGGCCUGGCUUGUGAUCGGUUUCACGUUAUUCUUGUUAAGACCACAAAGUCUCAGAGGAUCCAGAUCAACUGGAAAGUCUAGCAGUCCACAUAAUAACCAAGGACCUGAGCCUCCAGCCCCGCCUGUAGACUAGCCCAUUUCAGGCCCUCUGGACGGCUACAAGUUUGCAUGACCAAAUUGAAACGAAAAACGACCAGACUACUCUCAAAUCAACCAACCAUUCUGUCUCCUCUCCUGUGUGUAUGCAGCCAAUGACACGGACUAUAUCAAAGACUCUGUGUUCCAAAAUGUUAACAUGGAUCAAGGCAUCCAGUUCUGGAAUCAAUGACCUGUUCCCACUGUAAUGUAUUGAUUGUAUACAUUUCAAGCAACCUGGUUAAAUGCAUUUUAUACUAUUAUACUGUGCCACAAGUUCUGAUAUUUUGAACCCAGUGUUCAAAUGUGCUAAAUUUGUUGAUUUACUAAGAAUGUAUUUUGUCAUAUUUUAAAAAUUGUCUUCAAUGGGCUAUAGUUUUUAAAGAUC